AUGAACGAGGUAUUCCGACCCUAUCUCAGAAAAUUUGUAUUAGUUUUCUUUGAUGAUAUUUUAGUCUAUAGUCUGAACCUUAAAGAACAUCUAAAGCAUUUAAAGCUUGUACUCGAGGUUUUAAAAGAACAUCAGCUAUAUGCCAAAGCCUCGAAAUGUAAAUUUGGGAGUUUGGAGGUAGAUUACUUGGGCCAUGUUCUGUCAGAAGAAGGAGUGAAGGCUGACCCUGCUAAGAUUGUGGCUAUGAAGAACUGGCCACACCCUCGUACUCCCAAGGCCUUGAGAGGAUUUCUGGGUUUGACCGGGUAUUAUAGGAAGUUUGUUAAGGGCUAUGGAGGAGUGGCAGCACCUUUAACGGCACUGUUAAAGAAAAAUUCAUUUGGAUGGAAUGCUAGAGCUGAAGAGGCUUUUCGAAAUCUUAAAGAACUGAUGUCCACCCACCAGUGUUAG